AUGCAUCGCGUCUCCUCCGCGCCUCCCGGCAUGCCCCGCGCGCUGCCUUCCAUUGGCUCGGAGCCCCGCCCCGCCGGGGGUUUGGCGCGAGGUCUCGCGAUUGGCGCCGAGGCCGUGAGACGCAGCCAAUGGAGCGACGGGGGCGGGGCCUGGCCGGGCCGGUGGCGGGAACUGGAGCAGCUGCAGGGCGGCCCCGUCCUCGAGCCCAGCGCCCUCCAGUUCUGCGCCCGGAAAGUCUCGGCUGUGUCUGGGGAUGCGCGCAAAGCGCUCGAUGUCUGCAGGCGUGCCGUGGAGCUGGUGGAGCUGGACGUGCGGAGCCAAACCCUGCUCCAGCCACUGCCUGGUGGAGACCCCGCAGCCGCGCCGUGCCCCGUCCCCAAGAGAGUGGGGCUCCCGCAGGUGUCCCGUGUCCUCUCAGAGGUGUUUGGGGACAGGAUGGCAGCAGGCAGCCCCGGUGCUCACGAUGCAUUCCCGCUGCAGCAGAAGGUCCUCGUGUGCUCCCUGCUGCUGCUCGCCCGGCACCUGCGCACACGCCAGGUCACGCUGGGCAAGCUCCACGAUGCCUACAGCCGAGUGUGCCGGCAGCAGCAGCUCCCUGCAGUGGACCAGGCGGAGUGCCUGUCCCUGGUCACCCUGCUGGAGUCCCGCGGUGUGCUGGAGCUGAAGCGUGCCAAGGACACUCGCCUCACCAAGGUGUCCCUGAAGGUCGAGGAGGAGGAAGCACAGCACGCACUGCAGGACGCCACGCUGGUGGGCAGCAUCCUGGCACGAGGGCUGCUCUAAGGCCCCCCCGGCCCACGGUCACUCAGUGGUUUGGUGGCCCCGUGGGUGCACGGUGGCACCGCAGAUGCUCGGCGCAAUUCCCACCCUGGAGGCAAUCAUAUGCAGUUUUAUCGUUAUUAUUUUAUUAAUUGUUAAUGGGAGGGUGGUGCCUGCUGCAGCCCCCCACGGUCCCCCCGGCCUUGGUGAGUUCCUCCGCUGGGUGUGGGGUUGGCUCCAUCAGAGCUGUGCAGGGACCCCAAGGUGGGGGGAAUGCCUGGGGUCCCCCCAUUCCUGUAAUAAAGUCCUGCUUAAUUGUG